UCAGGCGGAGAAAGGGACUGACUGGGGUGUGUGAGCCACAUCUGGAAUAGUAGCCGCAGAGAGAGAGUCGAGAGAGGCAGAAGCUGGGUGACACUUUACCAACUCUUCACUUCCGCACCUCCUAUUCACGAAAACAAACCUCUUGCUUUGCCUUUUUAUCUACUUGAAAGAUGCUGCUCAUCCUGCUCGGAGUGCUUAUCUUGCACUUGAUCAUCCUCAUUCUCCUCAUUGUGUCAACAGCAGCCAGUGCCUGGUCUGUAGGUGGACAUAGGAGCACAGAUCUAUGGUACAAUUGCAUGAUAAGCAAUGGAGGCUACCACUGCACGCCAGCCAGCAAUGAAGACUGGAUCCAGGCGGUUCAAGCCCUCAUGAUCCUGUCCCUGCUCUUCUGCUUCUUUUCCCUCAUUGCGUUUGUGUAUCAGCUCUUCAGACUGGUCAAGGGCGGACGCUUCUUCUUCACCGCCAUCUUCCAGAUCUUGGCAAGUUUGUUUGUGAUGUGUGGGGCCAUCAUCUACACUGUGAUGAGUCCAGAUGACGGCUCCAAUAAGCAGUUCGGCUACGCCUACGUGCUGGCCUGGGUAGCGUUCCCUCUCUGUCUCAUCAGUGGCCUCAUUUAUAUCGUCCUGAGGAAGAAAGAAUGAGAGAGGGAGCGGAGGAGGAAAAGAGGAGGGGUUGUAAGGAGACCCCUUACCACAACAUCGCACUGUGCCUACUGCCCACAGACCAUGGACUGACAUCCCAACAACACAACAAAAGUGCAUGUGUCAUUAACAAUUGUAAACACGAAAAGGAGAAGUUCAUCCCUGCUGGGGAUCUCUUUUUGCUAUAUUUUCCCGUGCCCAUCCUGUAUCACACCUGUUUUGUCAUGUGAAUUUUAACAACACUACAAAUGUUUCCUGUGGUGACAGAGUGUCCUCAACAUGUGUUUAGAAAUGUGUUGGUGACAUAUUGACUUUUGUUGCAUGCUGGCACCCGAUUUCCACAAAUCCAUCAUGUGUGAUAACAACGAUGAAAAAAUCCUGCCUUUUGUUCAGUACAAAGAUGUACAUAAUGUCUGUGGUUUUUAGACAUAUUUAUAACAUUUUUACAUACAUUUUGUACAUAGUGUUGUCAAGUUAACAUUGUCAUGCUCAUUUUGUGAUAGAGUUUGUGUCUCUCACAAAUCAUGCAGCUGUGCCAAAGAGAUGUUGCUUCAACUGCCAGAGUAUCAAGCUUUUUUAAAUUGUGUUGUCUUUUUUGAGUGUCAGAUGCUUUGAACAAUGUGCCUUACUUAGAAUAUCUGUGUUCUUCUUGAAGGAAAUGAGUAAAUCCACAGAAAGUUAAAAAAAUAUAUAUAUAUCAUUAAGUUUUCAUAAAGUCAUGAAGUCUUUCUUGAAUUAUCAUUGUUCUUGAUAUGCCAAAUAAAAAUGUUUUGCAUUUUGUAAUCUAGUUUUGAAAAAUGGUGCUUUUUAUCUACUAUUCUUGAAAUGUAUAGCCUACUUUGUGUUGCAAGUGUGUCAUGUCCUGUGAUUAAUUUGCUUUGUACAAACACACAUUUCCAUUUUUGUCAUUAUUCUUCUAAAUAAACCUUUUGAAAUGAA